UUAGAUGAGCGUUUAAAUAUCACGCUCCUCAUCAGCGCGUGAAAUUCCUCGUCCACUCCCCUCACCCAGCUCUCUCACUGUCCUUCUUGGCUUCUUCUUUCUCAACUCACCCCAGAUUUCUUCCCCAGGAUCAUAGUUAGGAAAGAGUGUGAGGAUUCAUACUCAAGCUGUGUGUGAUAGUGUGUGAAAGAGAGAGAUCUCGAGAAAAAGGUAUGGCUUCUGUUCCUAAUUUAACUUUUGGGAAAACCCCUCAAGGAUUUCCCUGUAGUUAUUGUUUAUGUGUAUGUGUAAAAGGGUUUAAUUUAACUUUAGCAGUGUAGAGGACCCAAAAAUAUAGAAUUUGGGUUCUUGUGAAAUGGGGUUAAUUGUAUUUUAAGAUUGUAGAGAACCAAAGUAUAGAAAUAGGGUUUCUUGUAAAAUUGUGGGCUUUUGUGUUUAUGCAUGCAGCAGCUAAUUUCGAGGUAAAAGAUUGAAUUUUUCCCGGUGAAGAAAGUGAAGCUUGGGAUUUAUGUGUGUGAGUUGUGUUUAUGCAUGUGCUUUUUGUAUGUAGAUUAGUUGAAAAAGAUUAAAUUUCUAGGGUUUUGGGAGGUGGAUAAAUGGCUUCUGGAACAACAGUUGGUGGUGGAGACGGAGAAAAAGAAGGGUCUAAAGAGAAGCAGAGGUGGGCUGAAGAGAGCAAGGUGUAUAAAAGGAAGUCUGUCAAAGGGUUAAAGGAUAGUAGUGACAAGAACAACAGUUAUGGUGCCCAGCUGGGGCAAAGUCAAACUGGGAAACUUGGGAGUGAAGAUGGGAAUCUGUUGGAAGAACCUGUGUUUGGUGUGGCGUCCGGUGACUCAUCGAGUCGUCCACUGGGAGAUCGUGAAGUGUCUGGGAGAAAUGGGGUGGGGAAAGGUGGGUUUCUGAGGCAAGAAAAUAAGGUUACCAUCAAUUUGGCGAUGAAGUCGAAAAGGGAGGCACGGGAGCUGAGGAAAAGGCUCGAGAGCGAGUUGGACGAGAUUAGGAGAUUGGUGAAAAAGAUUGAAGGGCAGGAGGGGAAAAAGAGCAGUAAAGCUGGACGUGGUGUUGAUAAUGGUGGGAAGUUGAAACGGGUCCAUUCCGAGGUGGAUUCUGUUGGAACGCCUCGCAUUUCCAAGCCUUUGCAUCAGUUGAGCGUAUCAGUGGUGGAGAACAGCAAUGACAAUGGGGAUAAAGAGAAACGGACGCCCAAGGCAAAUAAAUUCUACAAGAAUACAGACUUUUUGCUUGCAAAGGAUAAGUUUCCUUCUGCAGAAGGCAACAAGAAGUCUAAAUCUGGUGCUGGGAAGAAAGCUGGAGGGGGUGAAUCAGGACAUGGGUUUGUUUCAGGGAAGUUUUCUAAUCAAAUGUUGAAGAAUUGUAGCUCUUUGCUUGAUCGAUUGAUGAAGCAUAAGCAUGGAUGGGUGUUCAACAAACCUGUUGAUACUGUGAAUCUUGGUUUGCACGAUUACUUUGACAUUAUUCAGAAUCCAAUGGAUUUGGGUACUGUAAAAGCUAGGCUUAGCAAUAACGGGUAUAAAUCUCCUAAGGAGUUUGCAGAGGAUGUGAGACUUACAUUUCAAAAUGCUAUGACAUAUAACCCUAAGGGGCAAGAUGUUCACGUGAUGGCUGAGGAGCUAUUAAAGAUCUUUGGGGACAAAUGGACUGCUAUUGAGGCGGAAUAUAUGCAUGAGAUGAUGCAUGGCCAGGAUUCUGAAGUGGGUUUACCGACUCCUAAAUCUAAGAAAGCUCCUCCAGCAGUAAUGGAACCUCCUGAAAUGAGGACUUUAAGCAGGUCAAAGUUUAUUAGCAAUCCUGUUGAUCCCAAAACCAAAACCAUGAUUUCUGCUGGUUCAGGGAGAACUGCAGCCCCAAAAAAGCCAAAGGCAAAAGAGCCCAAUAAAAGGGAAAUGACAUACGACGAAAAACAAAAACUUAGCACAAAUUUGCAGAGCUUGCCUUCUGAAAAGCUUGAAAAUGUUGUGCAGAUUAUAAGGAAGAGGAACCCUUCUCUGUGCCAAAAUGAGGAUGAGAUUGAAGUUGACAUUGACAGUGUUGAUACUGAAACUCUUUGGGAGCUGGAUAGAUUUGUAACAAACUUCAAGAAGAGUCUGAGCAAGAACAAACGAAAAGCUGAGCUUGCCAAUCAAGGAAAGGGAGAAGCAGCCCAGAGUGUUCCAGAAAAGGACCUUGCCCCAGCUGCAGCAGAAACUCUGAAAGAAAGGAAGAUGGAAGCUAAGAAAAGUUAUUCAUCUCAAACUGAAGUGGAAAAGAAGAGAGAUAAUGCAAGUCGAUCAACUAACUCAAGCAGCUCGAACGCGGACUCGGGAUCUUCCUCAGGGGACUCUGAUAGUGGAAGUGCUUCAGAUGGAUCCGAUGCAUGAUAUUGAACUAGGAAUUAGAGUUACUUGUCAAUGUCUCAUUUUGUUUUAACGAAGAAUCGUGCUCAAGUCUAAUAUUCAUGUUUCUACCAUCUUGCCUAGAUUUAUUGUUACAAACCUGUGGCCGAGCUUGACUGCAUAUCGAUCUUCUCUUGAAACAAUGGUCUCCAUCGACAGUAAGCUGUUUUAGGUGAUGGUUUUAGCAACAGAUGUUUCUGGACAACCUGGAGAAUGAUGCAGAUGCUUCUUUAUUGUACAUUGUUGUAGCUUUUGUACAUAGCUAACUACUGCUGGCCAGUGUUCUGUGAAUUUGUCUGGUGGUUUACAGCAGCGUUGGAUAAAAUAUUUCGCAGUUAAAUGCAAUUGUAUGUAUGUAUUAGUAAUAGUGGUAUGCUGUCGUUGACCUAAGAGGCAUUCUUUGUGUAAAGUCUUGUUCUUGGUCUUGGAUCUUUCUUGAUAAGUUAAUUUCAUAUUGCCCUUAGCUUUACUGCUUU